AUGGACAGCGACGAUGAAGCGCGCGUGGAGCUGGAGUUGGCAGCCGAGGUGCGUGCUCUUCGAGCCAAGCUGCGCGCCCGAGACGAGGAGCUUUCGGCGCUGCAGGACCAGGUGGCGGCGGUGACAACACAGCUCAGCGAGACGUCGGACGAGCUCGAGUGCCGCAUGAGCUUCGUGUCCGACGCCAUGACGCAGAUCGAGAGCCUCGAGGCGCAGGUCGCCGAAGCCAAACGCAGCAUCUUGACGCGCGAAAUGCAGCUGCACGACGGCGAGCAGCGUGAAAAGACCCUGGAAGCUGCACUACGCGGGAAGGAGAAGCAGUGCGAGCACUGGGAGGGUGAAUUUCACCGUGCAGACCAGGAACUUUCAGCGCAAAAGGCUGCGGAGCGCGAGCUUGAACGGGAACUUCAGGCGAAAGCCGACGACGCACGUGCGUGGAAGACCAAGUGUCAAGCAGCCAUAACGUCAGCGGAUGAGCUGAAGCUGCAGAACGCCAGCUUACGCAAAAAGGAGCGCGAGCUGGUGGCAACUUUGCGGCGGCAUGUGGAGGCGGCGGAGUCGAACCAGUCUUCGUUGAAAGCCCGACUGGCGAAACGCGAGUUGAAGAUUGAAGCGCUUCGGAGACAGUGUCAAGACCGUCAGGAAGAGCUGGAACGGAUUGAGCGGGACCGCAUUCAGGAGACUGAAGAGCGCGAACGGGAGAAGAUCGACGUAACCGAGCAGCAGCUGGACAAGCAGAAGCUGCUCGUCGAGCUACGCGAAAAAGUGGCGAAGCUAACCGCAACAGUGGAAAAGGCGCAGGUCAAGGAACAGCUAUUCCGACGAGAGAUCUUCCGAUUGCGCGAAGAAUUGUUACUAAGUGAAUCCCAGCGGGAGACCGAGCACCGGCGCCAACAGCAGCUCAUCGAGGGGAAGGAGAAGGAGGUGGCCUUCAUUUGGCAAAAAUACGUCGAGGUCAUGCCUCUUGCCGAAGGUAACAACAGCUUCUAG